AUGUCCGUGGCCAGCGCCUCCCGACCCGAAAGCUGGAUACCCCCACAAGACGACGCGUACCGGCCGGCGCGGGCGCCUCGGCCGUCGACGUCGCAGCCGACGCUGGGAGACUACACACCGCCUGGUGCGACCAUGAUCCAGGACUACGACGCCGAAGAGGACGACUUCUACGCUCAGAACGGCCAGCAAUCUGUACCGGCAAUUCCCGUGAGCGUUGCGACACAGAGUGUACGCGCGCCCUCGCCACCGCCGGCCGCGCCGAUCCUGGACCACUCGCACUUGAAGCCCGGGUCGCAGGCGGCGCUGAUGAGCCACGAGCGCACGCUGGAGUUAUACCGUGCGAACGCGAAGAAGACACAGGAUCCCGAUUUGCAGUUUGAGCUGGCUGUAUUCAUGGUCGACGCGAGCAAGACGUACCCAAUACCUGCGCCGACGCCGGGAAACGUGAUCCAGGUCGAGAAGGCACUCGAGAAACGUGACGACCUCGUGAAGGAGGCCGUACAGCUCCUCAAGCGCAAUGCAGACCGCGGACACAUGCCCUCCCAAUAUUUUCUGGCCGACUGCUACGCGAAUGGCAUCGGCACGGCAAAGGGAAAGCAAGACUUUGACCGCGCCUUCCCGCUGUUUAUUCUCGCCGCCAAGCAUGGUCAUCCCGACGCGUCCUACCGCGCGGGCACAUGCUGCGAGAACGGCUGGGGAUGCCGCCGCGAGUCGGCCAAGGCCGUCCAGUUCUACCGCAAGGCCGCCGCAUCGUUGCACCCGGGCGCAAUGUACCGACUCGGCAUCGCAGAACUCAACGGCGAGCUUGGUCUCUCAAAACGUCCCAAGGAAGGCGUUAAAUGGCUUAAGCGCUCCGCCGAGCACGCCACGGCCGAAUUUCCUCACGCGUUACACGAGCUCGCACUACUCCAUGAACGCGGUAUCGGCGACGGUGUCGUAUUCGUCGACUACGAUUAUGCAGCUGAGCUACUCGCUCAAGCAGCCGAACUCGGUUACGCGCCCAGCGCUUACCGCCUCGGAGAAUGCUACGAGUACGGCAAGAUGGGAUGCCCGCAGGAUCCGGCUCUGUCGAUCCACUACUACAACAUCGCAGCGCAGCAGAAUCAUCGGGACGCUUGCUUCGCACUUACAGCGUGGUACCUCGUCGGCUCGCCUGGCGUACUACCCCAGAGCGACACCGAGGCAUACUUGUGGGCCAAGCGUGCGGCGGAUGCGGGUUUAGCAAAGGCGAUGUACGCUGUGGGAUACUUCCUGGAGGUUGGGAUCGGCACCCAGCCUGAUCCGCGCGAGGCGAAUCAGUAUUAUAAGCGCGCGGCCGAUCUGGGCGAUAAACGCGCGGCCCAGAGGUUGAAAGGCGGAGCAGCGCCGCCUACACCUGGCGGACCGGGGAGCGUGUUGCAGAGGUUGGACAACGAUAGCUCAAGUGGCGGCGGAAAGGAGAAGAAGGACAAGGACUGUAUCAUUAUGUAG